GUCAAGUGGAGUUGAGUAUACAAAAAUACUUAUUCCAAACUAGAAAAGCAAAUUAAGCAAGCAAAACAUCCGAUCCGAUGGGGGUAGGCAACAACAUGAGUGCAGUGUUGAACUUCAUAGCCCUGUUGGCCUCAAUACCCAUAAUAAGUGCUGGUGUGUGGCUAGCCUCCAAACCAGACAACGAGUGCAUCCACAACUUCCGCUGGCACGUCCUCGUACUUGGCCUCCUCGUACUCCUCAUCUCUCUUGCAGGCUUUGUGGGUGCUUACUGGAACAAGCAGGGGCUCUUGGCCUUUUACCUUUGCUGCAUGGCCAUCCUCAUUUCUCUUCUCCUUUUCCUUCUUGUCUUCUCUUUCGUCGUCACUAGACCCGAUGGAACCUAUCAUGUCCCUGGAAGAGGCUUCAAGGAGUCCAUGCUCGUUGGCUUCUCCCCCUGGCUCAGGAACCAUGUCUUCACCGCUUCUUCUACCACUAGUUGGAACAAGAUAACCACUUGUUUGGCUCAUUCUUAUGUCUGCAUUAAACUCACCCAGGACUACGCUUCUGCUGAUCACUUCUUCAACUCUAGUAAUAUCUCUCCUUUACAGUCAGGAUGUUGUAAACCUCCAACUUCUUGCGGAUACAAUUAUGUGAAUCCUAUACUGUGGAUAAAUCCUGUGAAUCCAAUGGUAGACCCAGAUUGCUACUUGUGGAGCAAUGACCAGAGCCAGCUCUGCUACAACUGCAAUGCAUGCAAGGCAGGUCUACUAGGAAACCUCAGAGAAGAGUGGAGGAAAGCCAAUAUCAUUUUGACGGUGGCAGUUGUUGUACUCAUCUGGGUCUAUCUCAUUGCAUGCAGUGCCUUCAAAAAUGCUCAAACAGAAGACCUCUUCCGCCGUUACAAAAGGGGUUGGGUUUGAUCCUCUUUCCUUCAUUCAAGUUUUUCUUUUUUCUCUUUUAAAAUUGAUCUUUCAUAUUUUCUUAUUCCUGUAAGAACAUUUUUCACUAAUGUGUAUAUUACUUAUUGGUUUUCUCUGUGACAUGAAAAGUUAUCGGAAGUGAUAAAGGAAGAAAUCUUCCAACAUCAAACUAGUCAGAAUAGAAUCCUGAUUCUAGCUUUCCUCAGAGUAUAUAAUAAUUCUUAUAUGCCAAA